AUGGCACCCCUCGAAGUCAUAGUUGUCGGUGCCGGAUUCGGAGGCCUGUCUGCGGCAAUCGAGUGCCGGCUGCGAGGCAUGAAAGUUACUCUCAUAGAGCGAUACGUCGACUCAAACACUCGUGGAGAUAUCAUCGACUUCUUCGUCAACGGCGGCCUAGUCAUCUCUAGAUGGCAUGAGGGAAAGGUGGGCCAGGAAAUCCUGUCCAUCGGGUGCGAAUCCGACGUGCUUGAGAUGUACAAAUAUGACGGCACGCUUCUCUACCCUGUUCCCUGGUUCAUGAAAGACGAAGAUCGAACCAAAACUUUCGCUGCUCAUCGGGGCAAGCAGCAUGGCAUCUUCAUGGCGUAUGCACGCCGUCUCGGUGUCCAGAUUGAACUGGGAAAGUCGAUUGUGGAUUACAAGGAAUCCGAGGAGCACAACCAGGCGGGCGUCACGUUCGCGGACGGGAAGACUAUCUGGGCCGACUGCGUCAUUGCUGCCGAUGGCAGUCGAUCUUUCGCGCGCAAGGCUGUUCUUGGUCUCGAGAACGAAGAGGAGAAGAGCGGAUGGGCCAUCUUCAGGUCGUACUUCACCGCGAGCGAGAAAGCCCUGGCCCAUCCCGAUCUCAAGAGCUUCUUCCGCAACGGCGAGGACGUCAUCAAAGCCUGGGCCUACGACAACCUCAGCAUCCUGGCUUAUUCUUGGAACGGCGGAAAGGAGGUCGCCUGGGUCAUGAUGCACCCAGACAACAACGACGUCGAGGAAUCUUGGUCUCACAGCGUGCCCAAAUCCGCUGUCGACCCCUUCAUUUCCGUGUUCGCCCCCGAGUGCAAAGCCUUGCUGGAGUGCACCCCGCCUGAAUGCUUGAUUGACUUCAAGCUGGUUUACAGGCCUCACAUCAAGAAGUGGACGUCCAAAGGCGGCCAAAUCAUCCUCAUUGGCGACGCGGCCCAUGCUCAUCUUCCGACCUCCGGCCAGGGUGGUUCACAGGCAAUCGAGGAUGCCGUGACAGUCGCCGCGUGUCUCGGGAAGUCCGAUGGCGAUGUCAAGUUAGCCCUCGAGGUUGCCCAGAGACUGAGGUAUCACCGCGCCAACAAGUUCCACGCGAACGCUAUUGUGCACAGAGAUGCGUUUCACAAGGUUGACUGGGACACUAUCCAGGCCAACCCAAAGGAGUGGGCAAUGAAGCGGUUUCCUCGGGUCAGAGACUUUGAUGCGCAGGCUGUAGUGGAUGAAUGGUACGACAAGGUCAAAGAAGAUGUCAUCAGCGGAAAAGAGGGUACACUGGAAGAAUUGGCGAUCCCACUGUUGCCGAAGGAAGGAGUUUACUGGUAG